AUGGUGCGUCUGAGGGAAAUCCCAAGGACGGCCACCUUCGCCUGGUCGCCCGGGGCCGCAUCGCCAUUGAUCGCCACCGGAACCCGCGCUGGGGCUGUCGAUGCCGACUUCUCCAACAAGACAUGUCUCGAGCUGUGGGAUCUGGGUCUCGACCGCGAGGACGCGAGCGAGGAGCUGCAGCCGCUAGCGAAGAUCGAUACGGACGCUGGCUUCAACGAUCUCGCCUGGACUACAUCCGAGGACAGCAAACGGGGUGUCAUUGCGGGCGGUUUGGAGAACGGAUCGUUGGAUCUAUGGAACGCCGAUAAGCUACUUGCUGGAUCUAGCGAUGCUUUGAUGUCAAGAACCACCAAACACAGCGGCGCCAUCAAGGCCCUCCAGUUCAAUCCCAAACACUCGAACCUUCUCGCCACCGGUGGUGCAAAGGGAGAGCUAUUCAUCUCGGACCUAAACAACCUCGAGAACCCAUUUCGCUUGGGUAACAACGCCGCCCGAACAGAUGACAUCGACUGUUUGGACUGGAACAAGAAGGUUCCUCAUAUUUUGGUUACCGGUAGUAGCGCCGGUUUUGUCACAGUCUGGGAUGUCAAGACCAAGAAAGAAAGUCUGACAUUGAACAACAUGGGCCGGAAAGCUGUCAGCGCAGUCGCAUGGGACCCUGAGAAGCCCACUAAGCUCAUCACAUCGACACCGCUUGAGUCAGACCCAUACCUUUAUGUCUGGGAUCUGCGCAACUCCCAUGCCCCCGAGCGGACACUCAAGGGCCACGAGUCAGGUGUUCUUUCCCUUUCAUGGUGUGAUCAUGACCCAAGCCUUCUUCUUUCUUCCGGUAAGGAUAACCGCAACAUCUGCUGGAACCCGCAGACCGGUCAGGCCUACGGAGAGUUCCCCGUAGUCACGAACUGGACCUUCCAGACUCGCUGGAACCCUCACAACCCGAACUUCUUUGCCACCGCCUCGUUCGAUGGAAGGAUCUCGGUCCAGACCCUGCAGAACACGAAGACCGACAAUGCUCAGGCUAUUGCCGACCACAACCAAGCCUUGGACGGCGAAGACUUCUUCAACAAGGCCCAAACACAGCCUCAAGUCUCCAAAUUCACUCUCCCCAAGGCCCCUCGCUGGCUCGAACGGCCAUGCGGUGCCACCUUUGGCUUUGGUGGCCGGGUAGUUUCUUUUGGCCUUAAUGAGAAGGACUCUCGUGUGUCCAAGAUCAAGAUUACGCCUUUCGAGGUCGAUGAGAGCGUUGGAAAUGCCACGGAAGCGUUCGAGGACGCUCUGAAGCAGGGUGACCUUAAGACACUUUGUGAGAUUCGGGCCACAGAUGCCUCCAGUGAAGAAGAAAAGGCAGACUGGAAGGUGAUGCAGGCUUUGAUCUCCGCCAACCCACGCAAGGAUUUGGUCGAGUACUUGGGCUUCCAGGAUCAGGCUGCUGAUGAGGCUGCUGAUAGCCUCGCCAAGCUUGGUCUGGACAAGAAGGAAGGCGAGGAGGCCAAUGGAGUCGCCGAGAAGCCGACGGGAGCUAAGAAGCACAAGCGCCUGCAAUCUAUGUUUGAGCCCAACCCCGAGGAGGACAGCUUCCUGUCUGAACUGGCUGCUUCCAAGGGUGCCCAAACCAACAACCCCUUCCAGAUCUUCAAUGGAUCAGAGACUGAGGCAGAGCAGCAGAUCACUCGUGCUCUUCUUCUCGGUGAAUUCGAGAAGGCUUUGGAUGUUGCGCUCCGCGAGGAUCGCAUGUCUGACGCAUUCAUGAUUGCCAUCUGUGGUGGUCCCAAGUGCGUCGAGAAGGCUCAGGAACACUACUUCUCUAAGCAGGCCGGUGGCCCUAACUAUAUGCGUCUGCUCGCGUCUAUUGUGGGUAAGAACCUCUGGGAUGUUGUACACAACGCGGAUCUGUCCAACUGGAAGGAGGUUAUGGCUGCCCUGUGCACAUUUGCCGACGAGAAGGAAUUCCCUGAUCUCUGCGAUGUCCUUGGUGACCGCCUUCUUGAACAAGUUCAGGGCACAGAGGAUAAGAGUGCCCGCAAGGAUGCCUCUUUCUGUUUCUUGGCUGGCUCGAAGCUUGAGAAGGUUGUCGCCAUCUGGGUCGAUGAACUUCGCGAGAACGAGCAGAAAGGAAUUGAGACCAAUGCCAACGGCUCCGGCUUCUCCAUUCACGUCCGCGCUCUGCAGGGUUUGAUUGAGAAGGUUACUAUCUUCCGUCAAGUCACCAAGUUCCAGGAUACGGAACGGUCCAAGGACUCCGAGUGGCGCUUGAGUGUCUUGUACGACAAGUACGUCGAAUAUGCCGAUGUUGUCGCUACCCACGGACGCCUGCAAAUUGCUCAAAAGUACCUCGACCUUGUCCCUGAGAAGCACCCCGAGGCUGAACUGGCCCGCAACCGUAUCAGGCUAGCCACGAGACAGGCACCGCAGAAGGCGCAGGCCGCUGUUGGAGCGAAGUCCGCCUUUAAGCCCCUCCCGCAACAGCCCAACAUUUACCAGCCGCAGCAAACCAAUCUUGCUUCCCCUGCUGCCCCCUCAGUCCCUCAUCCCAACGCCUUUGCUCCCGCUGCGCCCGCCAUCACGCAGCCUGCGAACCCUUAUGCCCCUCAGACGACUGUUUCGCCAUCCCAGCCGGCCAACCCCUAUGCUGCUAUUCCUAGCGGAGGAGCAUACGCACCCGCGACUGGUUAUCAGUCAACUCAGGGCAUGAGACCCACAGGCUAUGGCCCUCCAUCUGCAUUUGGUGGACAGCCUGCAGGUGCUGGGGUCCCUCCCCCUCCCCGUGCAUCUAACCAGUCGCCGGCCAACCCUCCCAUCACAACAUACACCACGGCUACCGGCCUUCCUGCAUGGAACGAUUUGCCUGAGGGCUUCGCAAAGGCUCCCACACCCCGCCGCUCAACCCCUGCCGCUACCGCUGCACCCAUCGCCUCUCCGUUCCCCCACCAGUCGCCGACUCUGAGCCAAGGACCUCCCCUACUGGGCCCCCUCCGGUUGGCGCUCCCCGAGCACCAUCUGUGCCCCCUCCACCUAAGGUGGGACAAGCGCCUCCCCCGCGUAUGA